GAGAUGACUAGGACGAUAACAAGUAGCGUCAAGUAGCAUCAAGUAGCUUAGUUUUUUUGGCCCGUGGCCGCCAGUGGCCCUGCCUUCUUACUUAUUCCAGUAGAGACUGCCUACUUAAUAAAGGGAGAGGAGAAGUACUCUACUAGCAAUAGGAAGCUACUACCCACGUCGGACUGUGUCGGAUUCUGUCCGAUUCCAUCCCGCGCAAAGGGCGGUCAUUUCGCACGCUUCCAUUCUGCAGCCGUAUGUGCGGCUCGAAGUAAAUCUCAAUUGCAUUGACUGAGAAAUUUCAAGAUGAUGAUCCGUGGCUUCCGUUGCGGCUUGGUGUUGGUCUUCGCUUUCAGCGCCUCAGCAGGAAGCCAUCCACGUCAACAGGCGAUGACGGUGGAUUCCUCAGGUGACUUAGAGCCUUCAAAGCUCAUGCGGUCACAUGGUGAGUCUGGUGACUCACAUGGUGUCUCCAUCUUGGAGGAGCACUCUGACAUUCUUCCCUCAGCGGCGGACUUGGCCUACAAGGCGAUGGACUUGGGCUUUGGCACGACAGGAAUGGCCUUGGAUGACUAUCCCUUUGCAUGCAUUUGCGAUGCCGAAGGGAAAUGUGCCGCUGAUCCAGUUGAGACAGGAUGCAAGAUGCGAGCCGGAAUGCCCAACAAUGCGAAGAGCUGCAGCUUGUGCCUAUGGCUUUGGCUCUCCAGUUUCCUGUGGCUUAGGUGAUCCAAUGAGAGCCUGAGUCGAAGUAUGUUUCGAGGGUUCCGGAGUUGGUUACAGAACUGAGACACUGGUG